AUGAUAUCGAUAUAUCUCGUCUUAGCAGUAAUCUGCAAUCUCAGCCAAGUUUCUGCUCAAAUAGACCGACGACGAUUCUCUAAUCCUACUUACUACAAUGUGGGAGGUGUGCUCUCUAGCAAUGAGUCUAUAACGUUUUUCAAGGAUACCAUCUCGAAUCUCAACUUCAAAGAUAAAUAUGUACCUCGAGGAGUAACGUAUCAUGACUACUCUAUUCUAAUGGAUCCAAAUCCUAUUAAAACGGCGCUUAACGUAUGCAAAGACCUUAUAGCUCAUCGAGUGUAUGCGGUCGUAGUGUCUCAUCCUAUAACCGGAGACUUAUCACCAGCUGCCGUUUCUUAUACAAGUGGAUUUUACCACAUUCCAGUAAUCGGUAUAUCUUCAAGAGAUUCAGCGUUUUCUGAUAAAAACAUCCAUGUAUCGUUUUUGCGGACUGUACCACCAUACUCCCAUCAGGCAGAUGUAUGGGUCGAUGUUCUUAAGCACUUUAAUUAUAUGAAAGUUAUUGUCAUACAUAGCUCUGAUACAGAUGGCAGGGCUAUCUUAGGAAGGUUCCAAACAACUUCCCAGAGUAUAGAUGAAGAUGUUGACAGAAAGGUAAAUGUUGAGCAAGUCAUUGAGUUUGAACCUGGGUUAGAUUCGUUUACUGAUAAGCUAAUAGAAGUUAAGAGCGCUCAAGCGAGAGUAUUUCUGAUGUACGCGAGCAAAACUGAUGCAGAAAUAAUAUUUCGUGAUGCAACCUACUUGAAUAUGACUACAACGGGAUAUGUGUGGAUGGUGACGGAACAGGCUUUGGACGCCGCCAACGCUCCUGAAGGAUUGCUUGGAUUAAGACUAGUCAACGCUACAAACGAACAUGCUCAUAUUCAGGACUCUAUAUAUGUCCUCGCAUCAGCAAUUCGAGAUAUGAACACAUCUGAAGAAAUUUACGCUCCCCCAUCUGAUUGCCACAAUUCAGGCUCGAUAUGGACGACAGGGAGGUUACUCUUCGAUUACAUAAGAAAGCAGAGUUUAGAAAACGGUGCUACAGGGCACGUUGCAUUUGACGACCAUGGGGAUAGAGUACAUGCUGAAUAUGAUAUGGUUAACGUGAGAGCGCAGGGUGAACACGUAGCCGUUGGAAAGUACUUUUAUUCCAUAGAAACUCAAAAAAUGCGCCUAGAAUUAAAAGAGAACGAAAUAAUUUGGAUGGGACGUAGUUCUUCCAAACCCGAGGGUUUUAUGAUUCCUACACAUCUUAAGGUUUUGACAAUAGAAGAGAAACCUUUUGUUUAUGCUCGCCGAGUUUCGGAAGAGAUUGAAUGUACAACAGACGAAGUUUUAUGUCCACAUUACAACGCUAGUGAGGAAGCAGAUCGACUUUAUUGCUGUAAAGGCUUUUGUAUGGACCUCCUGCGGUAUUUAUCGAAAGCGAUCAAUUUCACUUAUUCGUUAGCUCUAUCUCCUGAUGGUCAGUUUGGAAAUUACAUUAUUCGGAAUUUUUCACAACCAGGGGCCAAAAAGGAAUGGACAGGUCUAAUAGGGGAAUUGGUCUAUGAAAGAGCAGAUAUGAUCGUAGCUCCUUUGACAAUUAAUCCAGAACGUGCUGAAUUUAUUGAGUUUAGCAAACCGUUUAAAUACCAAGGUAUUACUAUUUUGGAAAAAAAGCCUUCACGUUCGUCUACACUCGUAUCAUUCUUGCAACCAUUUUCAAACACACUAUGGAUUUUAGUAAUGGUUUCCGUGCACGUUGUUGCUCUAGUACUGUACCUUCUCGAUAGAUUCUCUCCUUUCGGAAGAUUUAAGCUUGCGAAUAUCGAUGGUACAGAAGAAGAUGCGUUAAAUCUGUCCAGUGCUAUUUGGUUUGCAUGGGGCGUAUUACUUAAUAGUGGGAUUGGAGAAGGUACUCCAAGGAGUUUUUCUGCUCGAGUACUUGGAAUGGUUUGGGCUGGCUUUGCUAUGAUCAUUGUCGCUUCGUAUACAGCUAACUUAGCUGCCUUUCUUGUACUCGAAAGACCUAAAACAAAGCUUACUGGAAUAAAUGAUGCUAGGCUUCGUAAUACAAUGGAAAAUCUAACGUGCGCUACAGUGAAAGGAUCAGCUGUUGAUAUGUAUUUUCGAAGACAAGUAGAACUUUCAAAUAUGUACCGUACCAUGGAAGCGAAUAACUACGACAACGCUGAGCAAGCCAUACAGGACGUCAAAAAUGGGAAACUAAUGGCCUUCAUUUGGGAUUCAUCAAGACUCGAGUUUGAAGCGGCACAAGAUUGUGAACUUGUUACGGCCGGUGAACUGUUUGGCCGGUCUGGUUACGGCGUAGGCUUGCAAAAAGGAUCCCCAUGGGCCGAUUUAGUUACCCUUGCUAUAUUGGACUUUCACGAAAGUGGUAUAAUGGAGUCCCUAGAUAAUCAAUGGAUACUUCGAAAUAAUAUGCUCAACUGCGAGGAAAACGAAAAAACCCCAAACACAUUGGGCUUGAAAAACAUGGCUGGCGUGUUCAUUUUGGUCUUAGCGGGCAUUAUCGGAGGAAUUGUACUCAUCGUGAUAGAGGUGGUGUACAAACGUCACCAGAUCAAGAAACAGAAGAGGAUGGAGAUCGCGCGCCACGCGGCCGACAGGUGGCGCGGCGCCGUUGAGAAGCGGAAGUCUCUAAGAGCGACUAUUUUGCCGUCGCAGCGACGAGCGAAAUCGAAUGGGGUGAAAGAGACAGGAAGCAUCAGCUUAGCAGUUGACAGAGGUCUACGGCGAAGAGACGAACCGCGCAUACCUCGCUACAUGCCAGCAUAUACUCCAGAUGUUUCUCAUCUUGUGGUUUAAUUAAAGACCUACUGAUUUCAAUGCCGUAUGAACA